AUGCCCUGCUGGUACCAGACGGACACCCCAACCAAGCCUUACUACCAUAUCCCCACCAUGGCAUCUGAUGAGCGACACAACAGCAAUAGCAGCAGACGAGAACGAGUUCCAUCGGCUGUAAGCCAACCCAGGCACCGAGACUACAGCCGACGUGACGACCAUGAUGACGACGGCGACAACGAGGGCAUCCAAUUGGCGGAUCUCCAACAGAUUAUUGAGGAUCGGAAUCAGAACCCCAGUAACGUUCCCCUUGGCCGCCAGGCACUGGAAGAUCUCAAGAAUAAGGGAAAUUUAGAUUCGUCCCAGCAGUCACAGCAAGACGUACAAGAAGAAGAAGAUGGAUUGUAUAAUACUGCUGCCGAUGAUCACUUCUUGAUGCAACUGGCCACCAUUCGUAGCCACGGUCACCCCACAACGGACUAUGUCAUCCCAAAAGACACCGGUAGUAGCACGGCAAAGCAACCCUUACAAACGGAACGUCCAACCAGGCGACAACUGGAUACACCCGACGUGGUCUACGACAACAGGGGACGUCCCACCAAACCUCCUACUACAAUAUCGGCCAAUUCACAAAUCCCUGGAGCAUAUCCAGGGUUACCAGGGGCAAUGGAUGUUCGGCCAUUUGUUAUGAAUAAUAGUGGUGAUAAUAAUGUGGAUGACGCCAGUGGGGAGGAUAGUGGUAGCAACAGGACGUCACAAGUGGAGGGGGGUGAAGGGGAUCAUGCCGAGGACCACACCAGCACCCCAAGAAACAACAUGGCACUUGGAGUUUCAAUGAUUGUGAUUGUGAUUGUGAUAAGUCUGGCAAUAGCUAUUCCAACAGCUAUACUGACUGGUGAUGGCAACCCUACAUCGGAAACAGACCAAUCUGGAACAGAUUCUUACCUUGUCCCGAAUAUUACCAAUCGCACCAUUGCUGCCAUGCAGGACCCAACAACAUCACAGCAUUUGGCAUACAAUUGGAUUUCAAAGGAUCCAUUCUGGGACUCUUAUCAAGACUGGCGGAAGAUACAACGAUUUGGCAUGUCUUGUCUAUACUAUGCAUGCAUGAGGCACUUAUUCUCACGAUUCAAAACAAAAGCAAAUGCACUCCAAGGGGCUUGGGUCACAUAUCAUGUGGAUGAAUGCAGCCGACACCAGUCAGUUUUUUUUCAAGGAGAGUGUGACACGGAGGGCCAUUAUCGAAGAAUGUCAGUUGAGGGAUAUGAUCACGGUGAAGGCAAAGUAGGCAUACCUCCAGAAGUGUUUCAUCUCUCUAGGCUCGAGUACAUCAGUUUUCUUCAUGUCAACCUGGAGAAUGAGAACAGCAUGGACCAUUUUCUACCGGUGGGGUCAAUGAUGCCAUUUCAAGAAACUGCUUUACAGGCACUCAGAAUCUCCAACUGCAAACUUUCUGUGAUUUUGCCGACCAGCUUGGGACAAAUGACAUCUCUGACUCUGUUGGACUUGAGUUCAAACAAGUUGCAAUCUACUGUGCCAACUGAGCUGGGGCUCUUGACACGAUUGGAAACUCUUCUCCUUCAAGACAAUGAACUCAGUGGAACACUACCAGAAGAACUGUUAGAGUUACCAUCUUUGAAGGUGCUUCACGUGGGGGCACUGCAGAUACCAGAUAGUUUCUGUGAGAAGAAGAGCCUGUGGGACAAUUUGACAAUCACAACAAACUUAUGCAAUAAUCAUAAUUCCUGUUGUUGCUCCCAAGGUAUAGGAGAAUGUUAA